CACAGUAAAGAAAAUCAACCAUGAAGAGCCUUUGCUUCUCAAUGAUCUUGAUCCUCUCUCUUCUCUUUGCUGUUGCUCAUUUGAGCAAUGCAGCAGCCCCAGAUUGUGGCACAGUUGCCGCGAAGGCUGCAGCUUGUGUGUCAUUUGCUCGAGGUAAGGACACAAAGCCAGCUGCUGCAUGCUGCACUGGGCUGCAACAGCUUGCUCAGACUGUCAAGAACGUUAAUGAUAAGAAGGCUAUCUGCAGAUGCCUCAAGACAGGUGUCAAGAGCUUCCCUGGUGUUCAGGACAAGUACUUGAGGAAAAUCCCUGCUGCUUGCCGCAUCAAUGUUGGCUUCCCUGUCUCCAUGAACACCAACUGUGAGGCGAUCCACUGAGAUGCUUUGGAAAUUUGAAGCAUGGAUUGGCAAUUUGUCAAUCAUAGGGAGUAAGAUUUGAAUAAAACACUUGUACUGAGGACCCUUG